AUGUUUUGGAUAUUAUUUAUUUUAUCAUUAUUUUCUGUUUGUAAUUCUAUUCUUAUUACUAAAAUACAAAAUAUUAUAAUAGUUGGUAAUAUGUAUAAUAAUUUACUCAAUGUAACAGAAGAUCAAUGCAUAUGUGAAAUGAUCAAAGUAAAUGAUUCAAUAUCUGCUUUGAAUUAUUUUUCAUCAAAUCAAACUUGUCAAUUAUAUCGUUCAAAUAGUAGUACAAUUUAUGUUGAACUUUAUCUAAAUUCUACUUUUAUAUUUCUUAAUCAAUCAUCAAUGUCAAUAUUAAAUAUUCAAGAAUAUCAGCCGAGUACAACAUCAUCAACACCAACAGCAAUAUCAUCAACAUCAACUUCAACAACAACAUCAACAACAACAAGUGUCUGCAAUAAUACGUUUCAUGAUCAAGCUACUUACUCAGUUGGUAGUGGUCCACGCUCAGUAGCGGUCGUCGAUGUGAAUAACGAUAAUAAGCCUGAUAUUAUUGUAGGAAACUCUGGUUCGAACACUGUCGGUGUUCUUCUCAAUGCAGGCAGUGGCACUUUUAAUACUCAAACUAAUUACUCAGAUGGCUCUUCUCCAUGGUCAGUAGCAGUUGUCGAUGUGAAUAGUGACACAAAACCUGAUAUUAUUGUAGCAAACUUUGGUUCGAACACCGUCGGUGUUCUUCUCAAUGCAGGCAUGGGCACUUUUAAUACUCAAACUAAUUACUCAGUUAGCUCUUCUCCAUGGUCAGUAGCAGUCGUCGACGUGAAUAGUGACACAAAACCUGAUAUUAUUGUUGCAAACAAAGGUUCGAACACCGUUGGUGUUCUUCUCAACGCAGGCAAUGGCACUUUCAAUGCUCAAACUACGUAUCCAGUUGGCACUAAUCCAUCCUCAGUAGUAGUCGUCGACGUGAAUAAUGACACAAAACCUGAUAUUAUUGUAGCAAACACUGGUUCGAACACCGUCAGCGUGCUUCUUAACGCAGGAAGUGGUAUCUUUAAUGCUCAAACUAAUUACUCAGUAGGCACUAAUCCAUGGUCAGUAGCAGUCACCGAUGUGAAUAGCGACAACAAACCUGAUAUUAUUGUUGCAAACUAUGGUUCGAACACCGUUGGUGUUCUUCUCAACACGGGUAGUGGCACUUUUAAUGGUCAAAUUAUGUAUCCAGUCGGCAGUUCCCCAGUAUCAGUAGCAGUCGUCGAUGUGAAUAGUGACACAAAACCUGAUAUUAUUGUAGCAAACACUGUUUCGAACACCGUCGGUGUUCUUCUCAAUGCAGGCAUGGGCACUUUUAAUACUCAAACUAAUUACACAGUUGGUACUAAUCCUCAAGUAGUAGCAGUCGUCGAUGUGAAUAGCGAUAAUAAACCUGAUAUUAUUGUUGCUAACUAUGGUCCGAACAGUGUCAGUGUUCUCUUGCAUUGUUAA